AUGAGCCAUUCUAACGACCCUCAAAAGCCCAUAUACGGACUGGUUGUUGGGUUGGCGCUGCUUGGAUUGGUGUUGUUUGUUGUAAUACUGCAGCAGACCAAGUACUACCUGGCUAAGCAUCCCCAGAGAAAGAAGCAGAUACCGUCAUUCUUACGACAAAUAGCAGCUGUCUGCAGAGCAGGAAAGUACCACCAGAUUAAAAUCCACAAAUGGUACCUACCACACACUAUUCCUCUCGUAGGAAUCAUUCUCCUUUUCAUAUGGCUCGCUGUGUGGCCACUGGCGACGCUUCCAUAUUACACAGACAAUUUCCUCGCAGAAAAACCACCACUGGCGACACGAGCAGGAUCACUAGCGAUGGCGCUAGUGCCGUUCAUAUUCACACUCGGUAGCCGAGUCAAUCCCAUCUCGCUAGCAACGGGUAUAUCGCACGAGAAGCUUCAGACGUACCACCAGUACGGAUCGAGGCUGCUGCUUUUCAUAAGCCUGGUACACGGCGUACCGAUGCUUCUGGCGCCCUAUUUCGAAGGCUACAGAACAGGUGGGAACGCAGCUGGACGGACUGCACUGCAAUACGCAUGGGACAACAACGCCCACUUUGAAUCAGGCACGGUUCUUAUCGUAUUUCUCGUAUGGAUCAACAUCAGCACCCUCAGGAUAUUCCGGCGGAUAAGCUACGAGUUUUUCGUGUUCCAGCACAUUGUCACUACAAUCGCCUUCCUGGCCAACUUGUUCCCUCAUGUGAACGUGACAUACAUGGACGCGUGGAACUAUCUCUUCGCGACUGUCGCACUGGUGCUGUACAGCUGGUUCGGGAGGCUGGUAAUAACAAUCUAUUCGAACAAGCUGUCGACGUCGCACGCGCAGUUGGAGAAUCUCACCGAGGGCAUGACGCGUCUAUCGAUCAAGACCAAAAUACGGUGGAGUCCAGGCCAACACAUAUACAUCCGAUUCCCCUUCCUGAAGCCGCUCCAGUCGCAUCCGUUCACUAUAACCAGCAUCCCAUCGACUGACUCGGAGCACUCGGUCAUACAGCUACUAGCUCGUGCCAAGAAAGGCGUGACCAAGAUACUGCACGAGCGCGCUCAGCAGGGCAAUACGUACAUACCAUGCUUUGUCGACGGGAGCUAUGGCGGGGCGGUGCCGCUAGAUGGUUAUAGGAAUGUCUUGCUGUUGUCGGGGGGUACUGGUAUAACAUGCAACAUGCCACUCCUGCUAGAUCUUGUGCAGCGCAUGGAAACACGAGCCACCAUCUGUGAGCAUAUAACGCUCGUAUGGAGUAUAAGGAGCAAGAAAUCGCUGGAAUGGUUUGACGCGACAUUCAGAGCAUUAUCGCGGCUGGCGAGCUACGACAAUGUAAGAGUUCGCAUCUUUUUGAGUGGGGACAAGACUGAGCCGGCGACGUCAUCAUCUAUCACUUCAUUGGCAUCCACCGACAGCUCAUCCUCUAUAACAGAGAAGAAGGUUUAUGAGAUAACAACGGGGAGGCCGGAUCUGGAAAAGUUGCUCAAUGAAGCUGCGAGACAUUCGGCAGGCACCACCCUGGGCCUGAGUGUUUGCGGGCCGAAGCUGUUUAAUUGGAAGGUGAUGAAUAAGGUGGCAGAGAUGGAGCUGCAGAUCGCUGCUCAGGAUAGUUGUAUGCCCACGACGCUCUACGCGCAUUCGGAAAACUUUGCGAGCUGA